UGAACAUUCAACUCUUGGAGUCUUCUGGUUCUUGUGUUCCCAAACCAAUACUGCUGUGGUUGCUUCCAAGCUUUCCCCCAGAGGGAGGCCUAGUUGGGACCACUUCCUGCCAAGAUGGAAAAUCCUGCUAGCAACUUCUCCUGCUAUGACCCAUCCCUUGUUGGUUACCGCUACCUGUCAGUGAGCUGGGGCAUUGUGGUCACAAUAGUGGGCACAGUGGGCAAUAUAUUAACUCUGUUAGCAUAUGCUGUUGACCCCAAACUGCAAACACGCUUCAACGUUCUCAUUGUCAACUUGACUUUGGCCGACAUCCUGUAUUGCACCUUUUUGCAGCCCUUUUCCAUUGACUCCUACCUGAAUCUCUACUGGAGGGCGGGCGCUGAUUUCUGCCGUGUCUUUGGGAUGCUGCUGUUUGUCUCCAACUCGGUCUCCAUCUUGACUCUCUGUCUCAUAGCAGUGAGCCGCUACCUCCUCAUUGCCAACACGGCUCUCUUUGACCGUAUCUUCACCCGUGUGGGAGUGAUACUAAUUUCCCUGGGGAGCUGGGUGGUUGGAAUUGUCAGUUUUGCCCCCCUGUGGCAUGUUUAUGUCUUGGUCCCCAAAGUCUGUACCUGCAGCUUCCAUCGCAUCCGUGGGAAGCCCUACACCACCAUUCUCCUGGGCUUCUACUUUGUGGUGGGACUGAGCUGUGUUGGCAUCUUUUAUUUCCUCAUCCAUCGCAAAGUCAAGAGUGCUGCCCAGGCCUUGGAUCAAUACAAGCUGAAGAAGGCCAGCUUGAAGGGAGCUCAUGUAGCUGGAACCAACUCAACUACACCAGGACAGUACCACGAGCUGGACAGUGGGGUGGACAGUGCAGCUGCUUCACAGCAAUCCUGUGAGAGUAUGCCCUCUGAGCCCACAUCCAAGACGAGCAUUCCCCCGAGUUUGGACAGCAGCACGGCUCCUCCUGCAGCUCAGCCUGUGGUCCCAUCAAAGAAAGCGACCCUCUGCAAACCCAAGGAUAGCAACUCCGACUUCCAGCGGGUGACCCGCAUGUGCUUUGUGGUUUUUAUUUUCUUUGUUCUUUGCUAUGUCCCUUUUUUGCUCAUCAACAUCUUUGAUGCCAAAAACAAGGCUCCCACUCUCCUGCACGUGAUUGCUGCCAAUCUGACAUGGCUGAACAGCUGUAUUAACCCUCUACUUUAUGCAGCCAUGAACCGGCAGUUCCGUGAGGCCUAUAAAGGAGUGAUUUACAAGUUUACCCAGAAAAUCCACUGCCAUCGCUAACAUGUUGGGAGCUGUACACCCCUUCUCCUCAUGGCUAAGUUCUUUGACCUUCAUUUGCCCUCCUGACUGUCACGAAAUUGCAUCUACAUUUUCACUGAGGACUAAAUCCUGAAUUUUUCACUUCUGUUCUUCUUCUUAUUGUAUUUUACCCAUCUUCUGUGGCAGCCAACAGGGGACAUUUGUAAAUCAAAC